AUGACCUCCCUAACCACUACCCUUCCAUUGAUUUUGAGUCUGCUAACCUACUAUGCUUCAACCUUGCAAGCUUACUCAAUAGACUACUAUGUACCCAGCACUAGUCCUAAAUCCACCACGAAAGUCAUGAACAUAAUAGACUCUUGCUGGCGCAAAAACUCGAAUUGGGCAACCAAUCGGCGUGCCUUGGCUGACUGCGCAGUUGGCUUCGGCAAAAAUGCAAUGGGAGGCAAGUAUGGUGCAACAUAUGUAGUCACCAACCCGUCCGAUGACCCGGUGAACCCAAAACCCGGCACGCUUCGUUAUGGUGUGAUCCAAACAAAGCCACUGUGGAUCAUUUUUGCUAAGGACAUGGUUAUAACACUCAAGAACGAGCUUAUUAUGAAUAGUUUCAAGACCAUAGAUGGGAGAGGGACCAAAGUGGAGAUUGCAUAUGGACCAUGCAUUACAAUACAAGGGGUGAGCCAUGUGAUCAUACAUGGGAUUAGCAUUCAUGAUUGCAAGCCUGGGAAGCCUGGCCUUGUUCGGAGCACUCCCAUGCACGUUGGCCAUCGUCGUGGCUCUGAUGGAGAUGCCAUUGAUGUGUUUGCUUCUUCCAAUAUUUGGAUCGACCAUUGCUUUCUUUCGCGUUGCAGCGAUGGCCUUAUUGAUGUGAUUCAUGCUUCUACUGCGAUCACCAUAUCUAACAACUACUUCUCCAACCAUGACAAAGUUAUGUUGUUUGGACAUGACGAUCAUUAUACACAAGAUAAAGUUAUGAGAGUUACAGUAGUGUUCAACCGCUUUGGCAGUGGUCUAGUUCAAAGGAUGCCAAGGGUGAGGCUAGGUUACGCCCACAUCGCCAACAAUAAGUAUGAUGGAUGGAAUAUGUAUGCCAUUGGUGGUAGUGCUAAUCCCACCAUCUUUAGCGAAGGGAACUACUUUGUGGCUCUUAAUAGUCCUAAUGCCAAACAGAUAACGAAAAGAGAGGUUAAAAGCGGAUACAAGGAUUGGAAAUGGAGGUCUUCAAAGGAUAAAUAUGUGAAUGGGGCAUACUUUGUUCAAUCUGGUUGGGGAAGCUGUGCUCCACUCUACUCUCCAGCACAAUCAUUUUCUGUAGCUCAAGGAUCCAUGGUUCCAGCUCUAACAUCUGAAGCCGGUCUACUACGCUGCACUAUUAAUAAACUAUGUUGA